GCCACCUGUCAGUGUCCAUCAAUGCCAGCUGUCAGUGCUCAUCAGUGCCACCUGCCAGUGCUUAUCAGUGCCACAUCAAUGCCACAUAUCAGUGCCUACCAGUGCACAUCAAUGCCACAUAUCAGUGCCCAUCUGAGCUGCCUUUCAGUGCCACCUAUCAAUGCCAGUCAGUGCCACCUAUCAGUGCUUCCAAUCAGUGCCACCUAUCAGUGCCAUGCCCAUCAGUGCCACCUAUCAGUGCCCAUCAGUGCAGCCUAUCAGUGCACAUCACUGCAGCCUCGUUAGCGCACAUCAGUGAAGGAGAAAAAUCACUUAUUUACAAAGUUUUAAAA